CACUGCCCAUUCCACCUGUUCACUGCAACGUUUGCUCUCCCUUGUUCUGUCGCCUUCGACAACCACAUCGACUCUACGUCGCCAGUCUCUCGUUUACUCUGCACAGCAUUGUGUGCCUAAUGAACCACCGCCCCUGCAACAAUACUCUUCUAUACCACAUCGUCUUCGCCUCCAUCGCCAGUCACAUCUGCCAAACGCUUCACAGGCUAUACAACUUGUUUGUUGAAACUACUCGUGCGACGUACAUCAGGCAUUGUUCUUGUCUAUUCCUCUAGAGAUUGUGCUGGUCAUAGUCGCUGCAACCCAAUAAACUUUACGACGUAUAUAGGUUGUGACCGUCGGUAUGUCGCAACAGGACCUUGUAAACGGAAUAAAAGAUGCCCCCCAGACUUUCUCGUCCUGGGACAAGUGCAUGGCAAAGACAUACUGCAAGUGGCCAGUUAUUGUCAUUAUCAUCGUCGGUGCCCUGAUCGCCAUCUCUAUCAUAUGGUGUGUUGCACGAUGCCUAUGUUGUGGUGCCGAAUGCGCUUGCUGUUGUUUUAAGUGCUGUGCUGGCUGUUGCGGCUCCGGUCGACGGAAAGACCCCGAUCGUACCGCCGGUGUCCUCCCAAACUCCUAUAAUACUCCAUACCAAUCGCACCCUGCGCCUUCAUAUACACCUGGUGGCGGCCUCCGCUCGAACAACGAUGCAUACGAACCGCCGCAGUAUGCGCGUUUUGACACCCCGAGUAGCAAGCCUGUGAAUGAAGAUGCUCUCCCACCAAUGCCGUCAUGGAGCGAUGCAAAGAGCCAUAGAAUCGAGGAUGAUUCCCAUGAAGAUGUAGAAAUGAAACCCCUUGCUCCGAAUGGAGAAUACGUAGCAGCAGCCGCGCCUAUUGCCUCGCCAGCAGGUCGUUCGCCUGUGCAGUCACCCUCGGAGAAUGGGUAUUUUACUGGACAACAACCACACCAAAACCCGUAUGGUGGAGGCUAUCAUGCCGGCCCAUAUAGACCUCAGAACAGCCGCCAGAACACGAAUCAAAGCGGCUACGGUAGCGGUCAUGGCUUUAGGCAAGACGCUAGUUACCAGAAUAAUAAUGCAUAUGGACAAGAGUCUGGUGUAUACCACAACCAACAACAGUACGGAGGCGACUAUAGCAACCAGAAUCAGGGCUACGAAAGUGGUCAGUACGCUCGCCAAGCAUCGCCAUAUCAGCCGCCCCGAUCACCUUAUCAUGGAAACGAUGAUGCUGGAUAUGGAUACCAGCAGUCGCCGGUGCAGCCUGUUCAGCAGAGCGGAUGGCACACAAGACAGCCAAUGAACAACGGAUGGCGAGAGGUAUAAUCCAUUUUAGGGAGGCGAACCGGCCGUGUCGCCCUUCAUACCUACUGUAACACGACAUUUCACCAAAUUUUUGAUUAUCUUUUGAGACAUAGCGACGGCGCAACUGGCGUUUCGCGAGUAUAUCUGUCUUUCUCCGGCACGAUACCACUUUUGUUUGCAUUAUGUUACAUGUUUAGUGUAACAAUCUGUUUUGACAAUAUAGAUGCCCAUUUCAUGAAAACUCUACUUAAGUC